CGGCUGCUGCGCCGGCGCAGGGCGGGCGGCGGCGGCAUGCGCGCGCGGCCCCGGCGGUAGCGGCGCCAUGGCCGCGCCGCGGGGCUGCCUCGCGCUGGCGCUGGCUGUGCUGCUCUCGGCGGCGCCCCGGGCUGCAGCGCAAGCGGCGGUGCCGGCGACGUCGCCGCGGCCGCCGACCGUCGCCGCUAUAGCGCUGUCCAUCCGCUCACGGGCGAUUCAAGACAGUCGGUGUUACCUGAUGAACGGUGGAGCAGUCGAGAGCUUCUUCGUCAGCGAAGACACGCCUGUUGGCAGUAUUAUAGGAACUCUAAGUGUAAACGGCGAUCCGAGCGACACAGAUGGCAAUAUAUCACUGAAGCUGCAAGAGAAGAACGCAGCGAUCGGUAUAGUGCCCGGCACGAAGAACAUCACGCUGCUGCGGCCGCUCGACCGCGAGGAGAAGCAAGGGCCCUCCAACGUGUACGUGAACGUGAGGUGCGACAGGCGCAGGACCACCGACCCGAGCUUCAUAAUUCCCGUGUCGGUCCGCGUGUGGGACGUGAACGACAACGCGCCCGUGUGGCUGGGCGCGCCGUACCGCGUGCGCCUGUCCGAGCUCACCGCGGUGGGGUCGCGGGUGCUGGCCGCCAUCAGGGCCACCGACGCCGACCAGCCGGGGCCGCACGCCACUAUACACUACUCCGUGCUGCCCGGACCGCAUAGUGAAUACUUCGGGUUCGCUAACGAAUUGGACAGCGUCCUAGUGGUGAAAAAGCCGCUGGACUUCGAGGCGCUGAACAACUUUACGGUAGUGCUGAGGGCGUCGGACCAGGGCGUCCCGCCGCUGCACAACGACACGACGUUGCGCGUCGAAGUGCUCGAUGCCGACGACCAGAACCCGCGGUUUACGCAUGACCAUUAUUCCGCCAUUGUGCCCGAUGACGCGCAAGAGGGCACCAUCCUGGAGACGCGGCCGGGGCCGGUGUCGGCGGCGGACCGCGACGUCGGCAUCAACGCGCCGCUGCACUACUCGCUGACGGGCGAGCGCCGCGACCUCGUGGCGGUGGACAGGGACACGGGCCGCGUGGCGGCGACGCGGCGGCUGCUGGAGGCGGGGGACCUGCCCGUCACCGUGGUCGUGAAGGCGACGCAGGUGGACAACGCCGACCGCUACGCGCUGGCCACGCUGUGGCUGGGCCGCGGCGCCGCGCGCGCCGUGCGCUUCGCCCGGCGCGCCUUCUGGGCCGCCGCGCGCGAGGACGCGCCGCCGGGCGCCGUGCUGGCGCGCCUGGCCACCGAGCCGCGCGGCGCCGGCCCGCUGCAGUUCUACGUGUCCGACCGCGGCUUCCUGGACCGGUUCGCCAUCAACGGCGCGGGCGAGGUGCUGCUGCGGAAGCCGCUCGACUACGAGACCGCCGACUCCUACCACUACCAGGUCAUGGUCACCGACGGGAACACGAACGACACGGCGUCGCUGAACAUCAGCGUGCUGAACGUGAACGAGUGGGAGCCGCGCUUCCGCUACCCGCAGUACGAGUUCCGCGUCGAGGAGGCUGCGGCGGCCGAGGCGGAGGGCGGAGGGCUGCUGCGCGUCGGGAAGCUCGACGUGCACGACGGGGACAAGCCCGACACCGUCUCGCUCACGCUCAGAGGUUCCGAUGCCGGUAUGUUCUACAUCAACGACAGCGGUGAGAUGUACAUGCGGCAAGAGGCGCUGCAGACGCUCAACUCCUCGGUGCUGCACGUCGUCGCAACUGCCGUCGACUCGGGUGCACCGCCCAGGCAGACGUCGGUGCCGGUGCUGGUGCACGUGAGCGAGCGCCUGCUGUCGCCGACGACGAGCGGUUCGACGCGCGGCGCUCUGCUCGCCGCCUGCGCCGGCGCGCUGGCUCUGUUGGCGCUGCUGGUCGUCGUUCUGCUCGCGUACAUCUUCCGCAACAAACGCCGCUCGAAAUCACCCCCAACGCCCAGCCCCCCCUCCAAGGCCGCCGGCUUCGUCCCGCGCGAGCCCCCGCGCUCCCCUCCCGCCUCUGCCGCCGCGGCCCCCGGCGGCCUGGGCGCCAGCUCCGGCUCUCUGCUGAGCGUCAGCGCCGGGGCCAGCACGAUUCUCGCGAAUUCCUCCAGCAGCUUGGACCUGAGAGGCGACACGCUGCCCGGCAACGGGAACGGUACUAGAAGCGCGACGAGCGGCCGCCAGUCCCAGCGUUUCCCGGCCAAGACGAAGGUGGCCCCGGCGCCGCCCGCCGCCGACGCGCCCCCCGCGGCCCCGCCGGCGCUGGCGCUGAUGUCGGACCACCUGCGCGCCGGUGCCGCCAGCCGCUCCGGCGUGGCGUGGCCCAGCGCCACCAUCCCCGCCAGGGUCAAGAAGCUCAGCUGGGACGACGCCGACCACCCGCACGACGACGACGCCAAGGGCAGUCCGCGGCCACUGGACGCCACCAACCCGGCGCUGCACGACCACCUCAACCUCACCGUCUACUUCUGAGCCACGCCGCGCCCGUCUCCCGAAACCUCAUACC